UCUAAAUCUGAUGCUUCAUCAACCUUUUCUUCAAAAUCUAAACAUCUAUUGACAGGACAUUUCAAGAUGUACAAUCCUUUCGAAAAGGAGGUUACAAAGCUGGUCAAAUUACAAACGCUAUUUUAUUUAUGAUAGCGAAGGAUAAUCAGCCUUUUCAAAUAGUGGAAGACGAAGGAUUUCAACAUUUCGUUAAAACAGCAAUUCCUCUGUAUAAGGUUCCUGACCGAAAAUCUAUCACACGUCUGAUGGAAGAAAAAUACGAACUAUUAUCCAUGGUUAUGAAAUCGAAGCUUUCGGCUGUGGAUGCAAUAACGUUAACAUCAGACGUCUGGACGGAUACUUUGAAUACUCGAAGUUAUUUAGGAAUGACUGCACACUUUAUAUCGGAGAAUAAACUACAAUCCGUUAUGCUAGGCGUGACUCCACUCGAAGAACGACAUACAGCAGAUUAUUUGAGCGAAUGGUUGCUGAAUACCUGUACCCAAUGGAGAAUCGCGACAGAGAAAGUUGUCGCUGUUGUAACAGACAACGGCGCAAACAUACUGAAGGCAGUCACUGAUAGUUUCGGAAAACACAAACACAUAGGAUGCUUCGCUCACACUUUGAAUCUUGUUGCAUCCAAGGUCAUCGAUGAAGAACCGAUGGUUCACGCUUUGUGCGAGAAAGUAAAAGCACUUGUCACGUUUUUUAAACAAUCUGUAGCAGCGGCGGAUGAGCUCAGAAAAUAUACUAAUAAAAGACUGAUUCAAAGUGUUUCCACCAGAUGGAAUUCGACGUACUUUAUGCUCGAUCGAUUUGUUGAAAUAUCAGAAAGCGUCAGCGCAGUACUGCUCAAGUUUCCAAAAUCGCCUGCAAUGUUAUCAGCAAGUGAAUUGCAGCUUGCAAGAGAGACGAUCCAAAUAUUGAAGCCUGUCGAAAACGCAUCGCGAGAAGCAUGUGGCCAAACUUAUGUAACGGCCAGCAGAGUCAUCCCUUUAGUAAACUUCCUCAAGAAUAAAAUUGAUACAUUGGAGACGAAUUUGACCACAAGCGGAGGAAUUAAGUUGAGAAUGCUACUUUUGGCCAAUUUUGAGAAGAGAUUCGGAAAUGUCGAAUACAUUACUCUUUACGCUAUUUCGACGAUCUUGGAUCCAAGAUUCAAAAAAUUGUAUUUCAAUAAUCCACUCGCGUACUCAAGCGCUGCAAAAGAUUAUAAGAGAAAUGAAAUUGAUUUCUAA